GGUAGUGCAGAAGAGCUAGGGCAUGCGCGGCUUUUCAAGGCAGACCUGAAGAGAAGAGAAGACGCAUUAGUCGCGACCUCCUCUACAGUCCGGCUCAUUCCCUUCAAGUGCACGCCGUGAUUCCUCCUCUCUCCCUCUCUCUAUAAAGCUCACUUGUAUCAGAAAGGGAUUAUUCACAUCGCUGGAUCCGCUACAACCCUAGGAGAUGUCGGGUGGAUUCUUUCGAGGAACGUCGGCCGCACAGGACACUCGGUUCUCAAACAAGCAUGCCAAGUUGAUGAAAUCGCAGAAGUUCCAUCCGGAGUUGGAUCAUUUGGUGGAUAUCAGAAAGGUGAAGAUGGAUGUCAUGAAACCAUGGAUUGCCACCAGGGUGACUGAGUUUCUAGGAUUUGAGGAUGAAGUUCUUAUCAAUUUCAUUUAUGGUCUUCUUGAUGGAAAGGAAGUUAAUGGCAAGGAGGUUCAGAUUCAACUAACUGGAUUCAUGGAGAAAAACACUGGAAAAUUUAUGAAAGAGCUAUGGACCCUUCUUCUUAGUGCACAGCAGAAUUCUAGUGGGGUUCCUCAACAAUUUCUUGAUGCUAAAGAAGAAGAAACUAGGAAGAAGAAGGUUGAGACAGAUAGGAUAGCUGAUGAAAUUCAAAGGAAGAAAGAGUUGGAGAAAAAAGAUUCAGAGCCUGAGAAAAGAAGGAAGCUGGAAGACGAGGCUGAUUUCAGGGAGAAAGAUGAUCCAAGGUCAAGGCAUGAGAAGCAGGAAUCAAGUGCCCACUUUGCUGAUGAAGAGUUCAGUAAGAGGAAUGGCUCAAGAGGCAGGAGCAGAAUCACUCGUACCAGAUCAGUUAGCAAGUCUGUUUCCAAUUCCAGAAGUUACUCAGGGGAAAGACAGAGACCAAGAAGCACAUCUAAAUCCCCUCAGCCCAGAGGAAGAUCCAUUUCCUCUGAUAGGAUGCGUCACUCUAGGCCUAAGGGGAGAUCUAUUACACCCCCAAGAAGGCCCUCAUCACGCCGCUCUCGUUCUCCUAUACGCAGAAACUCAAAUUCUAGGCAAAGAUCCUCUUCACGAUCAAGGCGUAGAUCACGUUCUCCUCCAAACCGCAGGUUGCGUUCUCCUCUGAGGCGCAGAUCCAGGACUCCUGUUAGAUCAAGAUCACCAAUCCGCCGUAGAUCCCGAACACCUGUUAGACAUAGAUCUAGGUCACCAAUUAGGCGCAGAUCACCAUCUCCGGUUGACAGUAGAUCAGCUUCUCCUGUCCGUCGUAGGUCACCUCCUGUACGCAGGAGAACACCACCCUCUCCCUAUAGACGUAGGUCUCCACCUGCUUUUAAACGGAGGUUGCCAUCUUCUCCAUAUAGGCGUAGGUCACCAUCUCCAGUGCAACGUAGAUCAAUGUCUCCACCAAUGCGCAGAUCACGAUCCCCUGUCAGACGUAGAUCACCGUUGCCUCCUGUGAGGCGACGUUACCAGAGAUCUCCUUCUAGAUCUAGAUCUCCAAUUCAUUAUAAAUCUUCUGUCCUAGUCCGUAGGAGAUCGCCUAAGUCUUCCUCGGUUGAAGGAGAUAGUUCGCAAUCUCCAGUUCGCCACAUGUCUAAAUCACCUAUCAGGAGGAAAUCACCAAGACGUCAGAGAUCUCCCGUUCAAGAGAGAGAGACAACCAGGGCUAAUAGGAAGUUAUCUCCCAAUCAUAAAGGACACGAUUCUGCUAGGAAGGUACCUAUUUCUGUAAGAUCACCCCAGAGAAAUGUGAGGGACAAAGAAUUUUCUCCUAGGAAAGCACCAGCUCCCUUGCUUUCACCAGACAGUUCCCCAUCUCGUUCAGGAUCUACUCCUCCCACUAGGAGAACUUCCAGUGAAGAUCCUCCAAGUCCUCAUGCCAUUCCUCUGAAGGACCAUGUCCAACGUUCAAAAACUGGAGUAGAGGAAGAAGAAGCUAAGCAUGCCAGGGAGUAUGUGCAUCAUAGGAACAAGCCUGUGGAAAGACAACCAUCAUAUUCAAUUGCCACCGAUGAUCACAAGAAAACUUUAGAGAAGGAUGAUUUAAAAGGUAGCCGGAGGCAUACUGAAGCACAAAACCCUUCCAAUGGAAGGGAAGAAAGGAAGAACAGGGACAAUGAGAAACCCUCUAACAGAGAUUUUAGUGACAAUCAGCCAAAGUCUCCAGACGUUGAUAAAGAUGGUAGGCGUCAAGAGGGUAAAGAUGCUGAUGAUGCCAAAGGAAGUUGGCGCAAUGGAUCAGAAAGUAACGUGAAGUCAAUUGGACAAAUCGAUGAAAAAGAGAGUAGUGGGCCCAUGAAUACUUCUGGACUGCAGGAAAGUGAUAAACUUCAACCUGAAUUUGAGGGAAAAAGGAAAGAUGGUGGAAGGUCAAGGAGGAGGGAUGAUUCAGAUUCAAGUGAUAGCUUUGAUUCUGAAACUGGAAGGAAGGAAUCCGCCAAAAAGAGGAGAAGGAAGGAAGAAAAGAAACAGAAAAAGGAAGAAAGACGCAGGAGGAAGGAGGAUAAGCGUAGGAGGAGGGAAGAACGCAGUGAUGAGAAAAGGAAGAAAAAGCUUGUUGAUACUAGUACUAGUAUCAAACAGCUUUCAUCGGAUAAUGAGGAAAGUCGCGACUCUUCUGGUUCUGAUUUCGAACACAAAGCAAAAAAGGCUUCCUACAGGAGUGAUGGAGGGUUGUCAGAAUCUGAGCAGCAGAAGAAACUAGAGAUUGAAUUGAGGAACAAAGCUCUGGAAUCACUUAAAGCCAAGAAAAAGCGGUCUGUUCACUAAAUUUAUAUCCAUGAGUCAGGUCAGGACACAAUCAACUGUUACUUUUUGUUUUGUUUUGUUUUGUUUAAUCUCGGGUUCAAAAAAGGAUGGAGACUUUUUUAAUAGCUGCUUAAUGUUGUCUCUCUUUCAUUAUAGCAGCAGAAGUGGAUUAAUGAGGAUUUGCUGAGUGUAGUAUGCAGACAUUGCUGGUAAUAUUUGUUUCCUGUUGGUUUCUUUUAUAUAGACUCUGCCAGCAAUGUUUGCAUGUUUAAAUGAAUUUAUUAUGAUACAAUGGGACCCCGCAGUGUUGACGAUUGUUCAUUUUUAUCCCCCGAUACAUUGGCUUUGUUUGAACUUUUGAUGAUAUAAAUAUUCGGGUUUGUUUGUUUG